AUGUCAGGCGAGGAUGACUACAAUUCAGACGAUGAGGCUAACAAGAACCUAUCUAAAAAGGAGCUUCAGGAGUUGAAGAGAAAACAGCAGAAAAGCAAAAAGAAGAAGGAAUCGAAGAAGAGAGCAAAAGCCACGAAGCAAGCUGAAAUAGAAACACGAGAGGAGCCGAAAAAAGAGGAGGAAAAUGGUGACGAUCUUGACGUGGAAAUCGAUUAUAUCGGUGAAACAAUUGAAAUUGAGCCGGAUAACCCGCACGCUCAAUACUUUUCCGCAAUUUUUGAUGCUUUUAAGAUCUCCACCGACUCAGAAGACGGCUUCUCCUACGGCCAUCACGUUUCCAAAGGCGAGAAAAAGGAUGAUUUGGGAAAAGUCGGUCAGGCCGAGCGAAUUAUUCAAGAGGAGAUGGAAGAACGUGCCAAAGAAAACACAGAGGAGAAGCUUUCGCGUAGAAAACUCCGAAUUUCUCUUCAACCGAGUAUUGCAAAGCUUAAAGAGACGACACUUCGAGCCGAUGUUGUUGAAUGGGCCGAUGUGACUUCUCGUGAUCCGUAUCUCCUUGUCGCAAUGAAAUCUUAUAGAAAUUCAGUUCCAGUUCCACGCCAUUGGAAUGCAAAGCGUAAAUAUCUCGCCGGAAAGCGAGGAUUCGAACGGCCACCAUUUGAGUUGCCAGAUUUUAUUAAAAGAACCGGAAUUCAGGAUAUGAGAGAAGCGCUGCUGGAAAAAGAAGAAAGCCAGAGCCUUAAAUCAAAAAUGAGAGAGCGGGCCCGCCCGAAGCUUGGAAAAAUCGAUAUUGAUUAUCAAAAACUUCACGACGCGUUCUUCAAAUGGCAAACCAAGCCGGCUAUGACAAAAAUGGGCGAGCUCUACUAUGAAGGAAAAGAGAUGGAGGCGAUGAUGAGAGACAAGAAGCCGGGUGAAAUGUCGGAUGAGCUUAGAAUUGCACUGGGAAUGCCCAUCGGAUCGAAUGCGUUCAAGUUUCCACCGCCAUGGUUGAUUGCGAUGCAACGUUACGGACCACCGCCCAGUUUUCCGCAUAUUAAGAUUCCUGGAUUGAAUGCGCCGAUUCCUGAGGGCUGCGCAUUCGGCUAUCACGCAGGAGGUUGGGGAAAACCACCAGUCGACGAGUACGGACAUCCUCUGUACGGAGACGUGUUCGGAUUGGCCGCUCCAGCUUUCGAGCCCGAAGACGAAUCGCAAAUCGAGCGGCGAUAUUGGGGAGAGAUCGGAUCCGACGAGAGCAGUGACGAGGAAGAGUCGGAGGAGGAAGAACAUGCCGACGAUGAUGAUGCUGAUGUUGAAGGAGGAUUCCAGACACCUGCACCGGUUGAGGGAAUGAUCACACCAUCUGGAAUGACGACUGGAAUCACUGGAAUCGAGACUCCUGACACGAUUGAGCUCCGGAAAGGAAAAGAGAGCUCUGUGCUCGGAACAGACACUCCUGCGGCUGCCUAUCAUAUCAUUCCGGAGAAGAAGAACGAACGUAUCGGUGGACAAAUGAUGGCAUCCUCCCAUACUUAUGAUCUUUCCAAGAAGCAUGCGGUUCGUGACGAUGGAGUUCAGAUUUCGCUGGAUCCUGAGUCUAUUGAUAUGGAUGAGCAAGGACUGGCGGCUCGGUACGAGGAGCAGCUCCGAAAGCAAAAGCAUCGGGAUGAUGAUGAUGAGGAUCGAGAGGAUUUGACGGAUAUGGUGGCUGAGCACGCUGCCAAACAGAAUAGAAAACGCAAAGUUCAAGAUGACAAGAAGAACAAGACGUCAUCAUCCUCGUCGUCAGGAUCCAGUGGCAAGAAGCAUAAGGACUUCAAAUUUUGAAAAUCUGAUUGUUUUAAUUUAUUAUUUCUUUCUCUCUUUUUUUUUGUAAUUUUUAAGCUUAAAUUCCAAUUUUUCUGUCACCCCAAAUAAUCGCCCCACAAUUUCAAUUAAAUGUAUUCUGUAA